GAGCGACACCAGGAUAUCCGGCGGCCCGUCCGCGCGCAGGGCUGUGCGGCACGCACCCUGGCUUCUGGGGCCCUGACCGCCAAGCCUGAUCCAGAGCAGCAGCGCCACCGGGACGGCACUGGCGACAAAUUUCAGGUCGCGCGGCCCCCUGACCUCGGCGUCCGCAGGGUGGCGAAUACGUCCCCGGGGCCCGGGGGCGGGGCGGCCUGGAGGGGGCGGGGGUAGUGCGCAGGGAGCAGCCAAUCCGCUCCGCCCUCGUCUCCGCCCCCGACCUUGCAGCGCCUGGCCGGUAGCCGCGGGCGGGGGCGGGCAUCGGCUCUGGUGCCUAGGUCAGUGAAGGUGCCUCCAGGUCCAGGCCCUCGCCAUGGCCUCCCCGGGGCCGCCGCAGCCCCCGGCCGAGGACGCGCCCUGGCCUGUGCGCCUCUUGCGCGCGUCUCCUGGGCUGCUGCGGCUGGACGCGAGCGGCGGCGCGUUGCUGCUGCUACUGCUGGGCGGCCUCUUGGCACUGCUCGGCCAGAGCUGGCAGCGGCGGCGGCACCGAAUGCGGGGCAUCCCUCCCGGGCCCGCGCCCUGGCCGCUGGUGGGCAACAUCGGCCACGUCCUGGUACCACCCUUCCUGUGGCGUCAGGGCUGGAUUCGCCGACCGGCGAGGGCCGCAGGGAUGGGUCCCACGGGCCUGGACCCGCAGGUGUUCCUGGCUAAUCUGGCACGCGUGUAUGGCAACAUCUUUAGCUUUUUCAUCGGCCACUAUCUGGUGGUGGUGCUCAGCGACUUCCACAGCGUGCGCGAGGCGCUAGUGCAGCAGGCCGAGGUCUUCAGCGACCGGCCGCGGGUGCCGCUCAUCUCCAUCGUGACCAAGGAGAAGGGGAUUGUGUUUGCGCAUUACGGUCCCGUCUGGAGGCAACAGAGGAAGUUCUCUCACUCAACUCUUCGGCACUUUGGCUUAGGAAAGCUUAGCCUGGAGCCCAAGAUUAUUGAGGAGUUUAAAUAUGUGAAAGAGGAAAUGCAGAAGCAUGGAGAAUCCCCCUUCAGCCCUUUCCCCAUUGUCAGCAAUGCCGUCUCCAACAUCAUUUGCUCCUUGUGCUUUGGCCAACGCUUUGACUACACCAAUAGUGAGUUUAAGAGAAUGCUUGACUUCAUGUCCCGAGGGUUGGAAAUCUGCCUGCACAGCCAGCUCCUCCUGAUCAAUAUAUGCUCCUGGUUUUAUUACCUUCCCUUUGGGCCAUUUAAAGAAUUGAGACAAAUCGAAAAGGAUAUAACCAGUUUUCUUAAGAAAAUCAUCAAAGACCAUCAAGAGUCUCUGGAUAGAGAGAACCCUCAGGACUUCAUAGACAUGUACCUUCUCCACACAGAAGAAGAGAGGAAAAACAACAGCAACAGUAGUUUUAAUGAAGAUUACUUAUUUUAUAUCAUUGGGGAUCUCUUCAUUGCUGGGACUGAUACCACAACUAACUCUUUGCUUUGGUGCCUGCUGUAUAUGUCACUAAACCCCGAUGUACAAGAAAAGGUUCAUGAAGAAAUUGAAAGGGUCAUUGGUCCUGACCGAGCCCCUUCCCUCACAGACAAGGCCCAGAUGCCCUACACAGAAGCCGCCAUCAUGGAGGUGCAGAGGCUGACCGCGGUGGUGCCGCUCGCCAUCCCUCACAUGACCUCUGAGGAAACAGUGCUCCAGGGGUACACCAUUCCCAAAGGCACAGUGAUUAUACCCAACCUGUGGUCCGUACACAGAGAUCCAGCCAUUUGGGAGAAACCAGAUGAUUUCUACCCUGGUCGAUUUCUGGAUGAUCAAGGACAGCUUAUCAAGAAGGAGACCUUUAUUCCUUUUGGGAUAGGGAAGCGGGUAUGUAUGGGAGAGCAACUGGCAAAGAUGGAAUUAUUCUUGAUGUUUGUGAGCCUAAUGCAGAGUUUCAAAUUUGCUCUACCAAAGGAUUCUGAGAAACCCGUCCUGACUGGAAGAUUCGGUCUAACUUUAGCCCCACAUCCAUUUAAUGUAAUCAUAUCCAAGAGAUAAAGAGCAUCUCCAGGAAGAGAUGGUACACAGAUACGUAAAUGUGUGCCCUUGUUAGCAGACUGUUCCCACUGCACCCAACAAUGGAUCCAGCAGCUCCGCGGAUCCAGUUGGACUCAGAGAGAGACGAGAGGGGGUGGAGCCUGUGGACGCGUUCCUCUUGGAGGAUUCCUCAGCAGAAUACUUCAGCCAUCUUAGUCAUGCGUUUCUGUGACUUACCAAAGAGGUGGGGACUUCAGCCACAGCAGCUUCCACCCAUGAGCCUGUCUUCCCAUCUCUCAGUGCCUCAGGCAACUCAUGCUCAAAUGGGGGUCAGAACUUGCCUUCUCUCUACCUCUCAGCAUUAAGGAAGCUCUGUUGCCUCGAUUCUUUUUCUGACAGCACCAACAUGCCAUUACAUUCAGGUGGAGGAUCUUCCUGCUGGAACGUUAAGUAAGGUCUGUGACAAAGUGAAAGUGGUGUUCAGCCUUGAACAUUUGGUCACAGAGGGAUGUAGCUUCAGAUUAGAGGGAGGUAGAACUUCUUGUUUCAGCACAAAUUCUAUGGCAGUUUCUUUGAUUUGUUCUGUUAUUUUUGUGUUUAUGAUUUUAGUUCUUAUUCUUUGUAGACAUGGGAAGCAGCGGACCCUUGCCCAGUAUAGUAAGAAAAAGAGAAAUUAGCAUUUUGAAAAAUUCCCUAUCAAGUUAUUAUCUAAAUUUAUAUGUCUACCUUUCCAUUCAACGACAUGGACAGUGAACCUGAACAAGCAAGCGACUUCAUGUCAUGGCAAAUUCCUUUCUUCAGAGCUCAUUUGCAGAGAUGCAGCUCUGCCUUUUGUCUUGAGCCCUGGAUGGUGAGCUGGGGGAAUUAGAUAGUGGGAUUCAUCGGAAGAGUCUUCCUCCAAGCUCCACUGAACAUUCCUUUCCAGUAUUCCCCUCCACCAGGCACAAGGUGCCUGAUGCUUGAUUCUCUCCAAGAUAAGAAAGCAUGCUUACUCUCUGUUAAGAGAAUUAAAUGGCUUCUUAAUAAAGAAGACCCCUUUGGAACAAACAGUUCUCAACAAGGGUACUAACCCCUUUUAGGUGCUGCCUAGAGAGGUAUGCAUGCAUUUUUGGGUUAUAGUGAUAGGGGUUCUACUGGCCUUUCGCUGCCAUUGGCCAGUAUGCUAAAGAAGUCCCAUACAAUGGAGAACUGUCCUGCCCAGUAUGGCAGCGUUGCCCCCAGAGAGCACAUGCUGUACAGAAUUCUGCCUUUCCCCUUGUUCUCCCGUGGUAGUCUCGAUGUAGUCAUCAUCAUGGUGAUACCAUGAGCCACUAUACUUUUGAGCCCUCCCUUAUCUUGGCACCUUACUUAAUGCUGUAAUUGUGGCCUUAGUAAUUCUUGGCACAAAUUCUAUUGAGGGGGCCCUUUUGUAGCUGAUGGAGCUGUGGCUCAGAUACGUUAGGGCACACAGUUUAAAAAGAACCAUUGCUGAGUUUCAAGAAUAUGGCUCUUUGUGACUGGACGCACGUUCUGAACCACUUCGUGGCCCUGCUGCCAUUUGAUCUGUAGCCGUCUACUCCCCAUGGCUGGUGCCGUAGCAGCAUGCAUCCGUCUUCCUCCCAGACUGAGCCCCUGGAUGCGAGGGUGUUGUGCUGUUGCUUCCCCCACAGCCUUGUUCUUAGAGGAUGCCCAAGCAACGUGUGAAUGACUUUUAAAAGUGUACUUAAGGGGAAAAGUCCACCCUAUUUGAAUAACUACACACUGCAUUUUUAUUACUUAAAGGAAAUAAGAAACCAGUGUGUGUUAUUUAUGUAAAUUAAACCAGUUUUAAAUGCUGGACUCUUGAUCAUCAUUUCAAGCAACCAUUUUACUGCACUUGCAUACCUUUAUUUUAUCAGAGAGGCAGACUGAGCUCUCAUCUGCUGGUUCAAUCCUCAAAUGCCUGGGAUCUGGGAACUCAGUCUAGGUCUCCUUCAUGGAUAACAGAAACUCAAGUACUUGACCCAUCACCUACUGCCUCCCAAGCUGUGCCUUAGCAGGAAGCUGGAGUUGGAAGCACAGCUGGGAAUCAAUGCAGACAUUCAAAUGACAUCUUAACCAUUGUGCCAAAUGCCCAUCCUAACAAUAAGCAUUUUAAACAAACUUAGAAUGACGCCUUACUUGUUUAAAUAUGAGUGUAGCACAAAAUGUAAGCUUCCAGUGCGAAGUCUAAGCCACAUCCAUGGGCUUCUCGCUUCCCUAAACGAGGCAAGCAGCUACAGCAGUCCCCCUAAUCCUUGGGGAGGCAUUCCGAGAGCCCCAGUGGAUGCCUGAAACUGUGGGUAAUGCUGCAAGUUCGCUCUGUAUGUACUGUAUUUUCUCCCUAUAGAUGCAUAUCUAGGGUAAAAUUUAAUUUAUAUUAGGCACAGAUAAGAGAGUAAAACAAUAAGACAAUGGAACAAUUAUAACAGAUACUGUAAUGAAUUUGCCAGCAUUGCUACUCUUGUACUUUGGGGCCAUUAAAUAAAAUGGAAGUUACUUGAACACAUGCGGUGUGAUAGCUGAUAUCAAUUUGAUGACCAGUGUAGUUACUAUGGAAUUAUGUGAUGGCUGGCAUUUAUGGUGCGUAUAUUCCAGACAAAGGGAUGGUGCACAUCCUGGGAGGGAUGGCAUGAGAUCUCAACAUGCUUCUCUGAACAACGUGCAAUUUCAAAUGUAUGAACUGUUUGUUUCUGGAAUAUUCCAUGUAAUAUUCUCAAAUCACCACAGACUGAGGGUCAUUGGAAACCCUGAAAAGCAAAGCCAUAUAAUAAUAGACACUGCUGUGCUGCUGUCCGUGUGGCUAAUGAGCCAGAGUGGUGGCUUCUUUGAGAAUUACAUGAAAAAGAGAAGAUGGAGCUCUGAACGUGAGCACUUCACCUAGAAAGGCCUCUGGUGGGUGACGGAUCUGCUGUGUCAGACCAGUGGAGAAGCCAGAUCUCCUCAUCUGACACCUUCGUCUGUCAUUCCCCACACUUAGGUAGUCAGGUCUUCAUAUCCUACAAAUGGAAGCCCAAGGCCAAGUUGAAUGCACAGCCAGACUUUGCCUUUGCUUUAGCAUGUUCCUAGGCAGACUUCUGUGUUUGUAGGCAGAAAUGGAAAUGACACCUGCCUCAUUAAAAUACAAGGGAAAGAAGAAAAAAAAGAGGAUAUUAUAAAAUCAAGUAUCAAUUGGUCUCUUAACUCUACAUUCUUUGUGUUAUCUACUAAAUUGCUUUUUUGCCUUUUGUAACUGAAAUUGGGCAUUUUCAAAAUAGAUGAAGUACAGGCUAAUCUUGAGAUACCUUGAGGAUUUUUGUUUUCCUACAGAAGCAAAGCGAACAGGCUAAAUGCAGAGGAGUUGAGUGAAUGCAGAAGCUGCAGACUUCAGAUGAGUGGAUGUGUGUGUGGACCUCCCUGUGUCUCUGGAAGGACAGUUUGUUCCUUAUAUGAAAUCUGUAUGCUUUUGACUUGCACUAAUAAAUAAGUAUUAUCAAGGUUAUUUUUCCUCAAUUUAUACAUGCAUUUUCCAGAAUUCUAACCAAAGAGUUUGUAGCUUACUUGAUUUUAAAAAGUUUCUGCUUUUGUGAGAUGUUGAAAUUAGAAGUUUAUGAAACUUUUAUAAGCACAGUGGUUCAAACUAUUGUACUUGAAAAUAAUCCAUGGUAAAUCACUGACAGGACUGCUAAUGCAUUUCUCACACAUGUUGGCAUUUUAUGAUUUUGCACUUCAUGCUUUAUUUGAAAUGUAAAAAUAAUUAUAUUUUGUUUUAUAAAUCUGCUUAACCUCUAACUCUUAAUCCUCAUCUUUUGCAGUUUUCGAUGGUUUAAUUAAACUUUAUUUUAACUGUGACAUUCUCAUUUCUGGAUUUUUUUUUGUUUUAUACUUUUUUCUUUGUUGGACAAAAUUUUAUUUUACCAAAUGGCAAGUUAGAAAAUGGAAGAGGAAACAGAUCCCCCCAAAGAGAGAUGAUCACAAUAUAACAAAAGGCAAGGUCUUUAGAAAGAUAAUUCUUUUAAAAUAGCCUCCUAGAGGGGAUGGCACUGUGGCAUAGUGAGUAAAGCCACACAGCCUGCAGCACUGGCAUCCCAUAUGGGCAACGGUUCGAGUCCUGGCUGCUCUGCUUCUGAUCCAACUCCCUGCUAAUGCCCCUGGGAAAGCAGUGGAAGAUGGCCCACAGUGCUUGGUUCUCUGCAUCCAUGUGGGAGACCUGGCUGAAACUUCCGGCUCCUGGCUUCAGCCUGGCCCAUCCCUGGCCAUUGUGGCCAUUUGGGGAGUGAACCAGAGGGUGGAUGACCUCUUCCUCUCUCUGCCUCUGCCUCUCCCUCUCUGUGGUUUCAACUUUCAAAUGAGUGUAUUAAUCUUAAAGAAAGAAAAAGAAAGGAGGAGGGGAGAGAAAGAAAAAGAAAAAAAAAGAAAGAACAAAGAGAAAGAAAAGAAAGAGAAAGAAAGAAAAAGCAAGCAAGCCUGUCAGCGUUACUCCAACAAGUUACAGAGGAGCCACGUCCAUGACCAGCACUGAGCUAGGUAGAUCAAUACACCCCAUUGUGACAAGGCAGUGUUAAAGGAGUCUAAGGAAUGGUACCCCAAAAUUGGCACCUUGGGCUCCUGAUUAUUAUAAGCUGUAGGCAUUUGGGGAUCAGCAUGCUGGAUGAGGCUCUUCUGAAGUGCCUGGUCACUUAAAGACUGGAUCUGCCAAAGUGCUUACCCAGUGGCCUUCAGUCUUUGUGCCGAAGUAUCAUUAACCAAGGGAUAUGGAACGUGUAUGUCAGAGGGAGAGAUGGAAAAUCAAAUACCACAUCGAUCCCUUAUCUGUUCUUUGGGCCCAUCAUUCCCCUAAAAUUCAGUGACUAAGCCCUCUAAAUUGCCUCCCUCCACUGAAUAAGGGUGUGUGAGCCUCUGAACUCACUGGACUAUUGGGUGUUCGCCUUCCUGUGAUGUCCCUGUGGGCGUCAAUAAAUUCAUAUGUGUUCCUCCUGCUAGCCUGUCCAUUGCUGGCUUCUUUCAACAGAAAGGGUCAAACCAUCAGAAGUGUAGGGAAGAAAAUCCCCAGCUCAGGGAAAAGAGAUUUUUAAUUCCUGAGCCCCUUGUUGCCUAGGGGUGAGCCCCCACCAGCAUUUCCAUCUGCCACUGCCUCCCCACGUGCAUUAGCAGGGAGCUGGACCAGAAGCAGAGCAGCUGGGACGUGACUGGCGCUCCUAUAUGGGAUGCUGGGUUCACAAUUGACAGUUUAACCUGCUGCGCCAUAGCUCCAGCCCCUAAUCUAUGUUUUUUAUGAAUUACUCUGUUUUACAAUUUCUAGGACUCAAGUAAGCAUGUCAGCAUCUACAAUGGAAGUGUAUUUGCUUGUCAUAGUUCUCCUAAUAGGGUUCCAGUUUCUCUAGAGGAAAUUUAAGAAUGUGCAGCAAGAUUUUAAAAGAAUUUAUUCCUAAAUGCAGAGUGAUAGCCUAAAUCGGAUUCUGGAACAGGACACUGGUGUCAGUGGAAAAGCUGGUGAAUCCAAAAGAAACACAUAGUUCAGCUAAUAGGAUUCUGACAAUGUUAAUUUCUUAGUUUUUGUUUGACAGGUAGAGUUAGACAGUGAGCGUGAGAGACGGAGAGAAAGGUCUUCCUUCCGUUGGUUCACCCCGCAAAAGGCUGCUACGGCCGGCGCUGCGCCGAUCCAAAGCCAGGAUCGAAGUGCUUUCUCCUGGUCUCCCAUGCAGGUGCAGGGGCCCAAGCACUUGGGCCAUCCUCCAUUGCCUUCCCGGGCCACAGCAGAGAGCUGGACUGGAAGAGGAGCAACCGGGACUAGAACCCGGCGGCCAUAUGGGAUGCCAGUGCCACAGGUGAAGGAUUAACCAAGUGAACCACAGCACCAGCCCCAAUUUCUUAGUUUUGACAAAUUAAUCAUGAUUAUAUAAGAUGUCAAAAGUAGGGGAAGGAAGGGUGGGGGUGGGUGCAGCAGGUUACACCUGCCACUUGGGACACACAUCCAUGUCCAGUAUUGGUUCAAAUCCUAGCUACUUCCCCUCUGAUUCAGCUCCCUGCUAAUUCAUCCCGGGAGGCAGCAGGUAAUGGCUCAAGUACUUGAGUUUCUGCCAGCUGCAUGGGAGACCAGCAUGGAAUUCCUGGCUCCUGGCUUUGUGUUGCUCCAGCACUGGCUUUUGUGGCCAUUUGAAGCAUCAACCAGCAAAUGGAAGAUCUUUCUCUGUUACUCUCUGUCUUUCAAAUAAAUAAAAUAAAUACAUCAUUUACAAAAACCAUUAGAAGCUGGGUGAAAGGCAUAUGGGGACUCCGUGUACCAUCUUUGAAAUUUUUCUAUAAUGCAAACAUUACAAAAUUUAAAAAUAGUUGAGGGGCCAGCGGUGUGGUGCAGUGUGUUAAGCCUCCACUUGUGGUGCCGGCAUCCCACAUGGGCGCCAGUUCAGGUCCCAGCUGCUCCUCUUCCGAUACAGCUCUCUGCUGUGGCCUGGGAAAGCAGUAGAAAAUGGUCCUAGCCCUUGGGCCCCUGCAACUGCAUGGGUGACCCAGAGGAGACUCGUGGCUCCUGGCUCCUGGCUUUGGAUCGGCACAGCUCUGGCCAUUGCAGCCUUUUGGGGAUAGCUAAGUAUACCUUUGGCCCAACAAAUUCUACUUCUAAAUAUUAAUUAACAUAAUUUGAUUAAAAUGGUUUUGAGGAGAGUCACUCAUUGCAGUUUAUAUUUAUUAGGAAAAUGAGUAAGGAAUCCAAAUGCCCAACACCAUGGGCAAUGAACUAGCCAUGUUCACCCAUGCAUAAAAUCAUUAAGAGAAUUGUUCUAGAAUAUCAAGGGUAGGGGACUUUUUCUGCCAUGGGCCAUUUGGAUAUUUACAAUGUUAUUCACAGGCCAUAUAAAAUGAUCAACUUAAAAGUUAGCCUGUUAUGGAUUUAUAGAAUUUCAAGCCCCACCUGUGGUUGUCUUGGUAGAGCCAGAUCAGUUGAUUCUGUGGGCCAUGCGUUCCCUGUCCCUGUAGAUGUUGGGGCAUAGUAGUGAGCAAAACACAGGUCCGUGUUGAGCAGACAGAGGUCAGAAUCUGACUUAUAAUUAACAAGCUUGACUUUUGAUUUCCCCUCAAUUCUUUUCUAGGCUUCUCACAUUUUCUUUAAUGAUCAUCUAUUCCUUUAAGAUUAAAUGAAGGCCAGCACCGCGGCUCAAUAGGCUAAUCCUCCGCUGUGGCGCCGGCACCCCGGGUUCUAGUCCCGGUUGCCCGUCUUCCAGGCCAGCUCUCUGCUGUGGCCUGGGAGUGCAGUGGAGGAUGGCCUAAGUGCUUGGGCCCUGCACCCCAUGGGAGACCAGGAGAAGCACCUGGCUCCUGGCUUCGGAUCAGCACAGUGCACAGGCUGCAGCACGCCGGCUGCGGUGGCCAUUGGAGGGUGAACCAACGGCAAAGGAAGACCUUUCUCUCUGUCUCUCUCUCACUGUCCACUCUGCCUGUCAAAUAAAAUAAAUAAAUAAAUAAAUAAAAAGAUUAAAUGAAGAAUGUUCAUCCAUAUUGUGAAUCGUUUGCCCAUAAGCCAUUGGGUUGUCAUUGUGAUUUCUUUCUGCUCAGAGUCUAUGUAGUUUAUGAUAUUCUAAUACUCAUCUAAAGAAUGAAAGUCUCACUAGCUGUUAUUAUAGCCUAUUGUGCAUUUGUAAUUGAAAACUUUUUUUCAAACUUUUUCUUAUUUUAUUUGAAAGGCUGAGUUACAGAGAGAGAGGGAGACAGAGACUGAGAGAUCUUUCUGGUUCACUCCCCAAACAGCUGCAACAGCCAGAGCUGGGCUGAUCUGAAACCAGGAGCCAGGAGCUUCUUCCAGGUCUCCCAUGUGGGUGAGUGGGCCCAAGCACUUGGGUCAUCUUCCACUGCUUUCCCAGGCCAUUAGCAGGGAGCUGGGCCAGAGUGCAGCAGCUGGGACUUGAACCAGUGCCCAUAUGGGAUGGCAGCACCACAGGUGGAGGCUUUACCCGCUAUGUCACAGCGCUGGCUCCUGAAAACUUCUUUAGUCUAACUUAUGACAGGCUAGGGAUUUUCUUGUUGUUAGAGCUAAAAGAAAGUUCAAUAAUGACCACAUUUAGACUCUUAAUACCGAGACAGAUAGAAAGGUCAGAAGUAGAAUGGCCAGCUCAGUGGUGUCUCAGAUCUAGAACCAAAAUCUACCUGUCCUGACUCCUGAUCUAAUUCCACAAUAAGGUCUAAAAGAACAAGAGCAAAUACAAAAUUUUAAGGAUCCAUUUAAACACCCUAAGUUAGUGUUCCUACAUAUUGUUUAAGGCAUCGAAACUAAAUAAUACUGUUAUAAAUUGUCCAUCAAGUUUAAACUAUUCAUUGAAAAGAUAUGUUGAAUGCCUAGUACUCCCAUCAGCCAAGUACUAUAAAAAUCUUUAAAACAAAGAAUUCUCCUAAAAGAAAAAGCUACACUUAUAGUUGCUUGGAAGUCUUUGCCGUCUCUCUAAGCAUCAGAUUUUAAUGGUUUAUACAAUAUGGAUUGAGAAGGCUCUUUACUGCCCUCUUGUGGAGGAUAGAUCUAUAAAAAUCUUAAAGGAAAACGUUAGAAGUUGAACCAUUUUUCUCAAGGACAUGGGACUUGUGUAGUAUCAUUUAGCUGUAUAAACUGUACAUCUUUUCCACUCUUCCAGUAAGAAAUAUAAUUUUAAGGAAGAUAGUAAAGGCAUGGUUCUUUCAGGAAACAUCCAACCAGGUGCACAGAGGUAAGCUGUAGACAGAACUCCUAAGGGAACAACACGAGGCCUACAGCGGGAUGAAGAGGAGGGGCGUAGCACAACCCAGACCCAAACCCUGCCCCUCCUUGAAGCUGUCAUUUUACCUCUGGUCUUAGUUUCCUCCACUAUCAAAGAUAUGGAAAGCCAACCCUUUACAUCCUUGCAGCCUCCCCAAUGCCCACCUUGGCUGUGUGCUUGCGCUGAUAAUCCCCUCUCUCUGCUCUCCCUCGCUCCCUCCCAAUGCAGCAAGCUGGGGAGUCGCUGGCCAUCCCUCUCCUCCCCACCCCACCCCCACAAGGUCCUUUGCUGCUUCUCCAUGUGGCGUGCUCAGGAAUAAAUGAAGAUGGUGGAAAGUGUAUGCGCUGGGACAGAAGGCACCUAGAUGGAGCCCUGCUCCUGCAGCUGUCUCCUGUGUUCCUUUUGGACAGCACUGGAUGCCUCUGGGCCUUCAUUUUCCCUGUUGCUCUAAGCCACCAAUAAGAACUGGAGCUCCACGGUGAAGGUGAAAUGGCUGUGUGUGAAGCUAGGGCCAGGGAGGUACACGGUGAGCCUUCUAUGCCACAAAUUCAGCAGUUCUGGAGACGGCAGUGAGGGCGUGUUACAGGGUACCUGGAGAGUUUCCCACUGGCCAAAUCUGCUUCAAUUUGAACUCACGAUAAUUAGAGCGAUGAAUUGUACACCUUUUGGAAAUAUUUGAAAUCCAUGAGUCUAUACUGAAAAUAAAACCAAGUAAAGAGCAGACAAAAAUAUAUUUAAUGAAGAUGAUACACAAAUGGCUGAUACACACAGGAAAAGAUGCUCAAUAUCAUUAGUAAUCAGGGAAAUUCAUCAAGUGUCUCUUCAAACACAGUAGCAUGGCUAUAAUAAAAAGAAAAUAAGAUGCUGGUGAAGAUUUGGAGGAAGGGGAUAUUUACAUGUUGCUGCUGGUUAUAUGAAAUGGAGUAGCCAUUUUGGAAAUAGUUUUAUGGUUUCUUAAAAAGUUAAACAUAAACUUUGUACCUCUCAACAGUUUCACUCCUAGGCAUUUACCCCAAUCAGUAGAGCAGAGAGGUAGCUACACCGUCAUGUCGACUGCAGCAUUAUUUGCAACAGCUAAGAUAUGAAAACAACCCAAAUUUGAACAAUGAGCAAAUGAAUAGAGAAAAUGGGACAUACGUAUAG